AUGGAUAGGUUGCCUCGAGCCUUUCAGAACCCAGGGCAGUGGUGCUGGUUCAACGCGCUCUUGCAGGCGCUGGCAAGUAUCAGUGAUCCUCGAUGGUGGAGCCUCUUGAACUUUGCGAAGGACUCGGCCUCAUCUGGGCACAAAGAUGUCUUGACCUUCUUAGCGCCGGUCCUUCAGCACCUGAACCGCGAGGACGCCGCGUUCCCGUCGCCCGCGGAGGACGGCGACGGGAACGGCGACGCGCUGGCGCGCCUGGCGCUGGCGAUCCAGGAGGAGUGUGGUAUGUCGUCCAUCUCCGGUGAGCAACAAGAUGCACAUGAAGCCUUCAUCAAGUUAUUGGAGUCGAUCCAUUCCUCGCUUUGUCGACGGCAGCUCAGAAGCUUCCAGCAGCUCCAGGCGUUCAGCGUGGCCAGGCCAUGCCUCUUGGGACGCGAAGGGCUGCUGAGUUGGUGUGAAGCGACGCAAGCGAUCCAAUGCUUCGAGGAUCUCUUCGAAGGGGUCUUGGAAGAGACGCGCGUUUGCACCGCUUGUGGCCUCGCACGGGUUGAAAGUUGCCCCUCCAAACAGGCCUUCAGAUGUCUAUCGCUCGAUUUGAUCAACAUCGAUCGUCCCCACUUUUCCAGCGUGAACCUGCUGAGUUUGCUGAAGGCUUCUUACAGCGGACAACCCACCGAGGAGAUCGAUGGGCUGCUCUGUUACCGCUGCUCCCUGGAGGCCUCCAUCCGCCGUUUCCUCUUGGACUGCGGCGCUUCCUUCUCCGCCGGCCUCGCCUUCCGCCGCUUCAUGCGCCUCGCCGACGGCUUGGCGCCCAGCGGGGCGGAGGUGCUGGAGGCCUUGCGGCCGCUGGGCGCGCCGCCCUGUGUGCUGCGACGGAGGAGUCACUUGAGGUCCUUUCGGAUCAAGGUGGCCCCGAGGAUCCUGACCUUCCACAUGCGUCGCCUGAUCUUUGGCCCUUUCGGCUUCAUCAAGGUGAGCAAUCCUGUUCGCUAUGCCGAGAUCCUUCACGCAGACGACCUGGGCCUUGAUGGGGGUCUCUACUCCUUGUCCUCUGUCAUGUCCCACUUGGGCCAGGCCCACGCGGGGCAUUUCAUCACUCACCGCGUCUGGCCGAAGGGGACGCCCCUUGUGGAAGAGCGCAGUGUGAUUCUGCGAGGCGGGUGCUGA